GCUAAGUAAACCAUCCAAGUGGUGGCAGGUCAGUUCGAACACGACUUAUCUUGCAAGUGAAGAAGGUAGAAUGGGUAGAAGACAGGACGCGGGUGCCACGCACCGGGUGAAGCGCAUGCGCCCACGUGACACGGGCUCCCAUUGGCCGCCACCACAUGGUCUGAUGUCAGACCACAGGGACCAUCCAAUUCAAUAAUAGGAUGCUGGCGGCCAGACGUCAGUCAGUGGUCUCGCCUGAUCGUCCGACGGUGGUUUCGGCGAGUGAAAGGUACUCGUGCCGUUCGUGUGCGAGAGCGAGUCCGACGCGAGACCACGCGAGCGAGAGAUCCCGCGAUCAUUUAAAAGCUAGAACGCCCGCGAGUAACGCCUUGUCCACUGCGCUCCGCGGAGUUUUUGGGAUUUCGUUACAUCUACGAGGGAGAGCGAGGAAAGGAGAUAGCGCGUGAGUCAGACAGCAACCCUACGUUCCUUGAUCAAGACCAGUCUCCAGGAAAACAGCAAGAUGCCAGCACAGUUUGAAAGCAUCAACAACCCCAUGACGCGGGAAUCCAUGGCCAGGAAUGGAGUACCAUACUCCAUCGACAGCGACAUCGUAAUUACGGGCAUUUCAGGCCGUCUGCCCGAAUCGUCCAACAUCGAGGAGUUUAAAGAGAACCUGAUGAAAGAAAUGGACAUGGUCACCGACGACGAGCGCCGUUGGCCGGCAGGAAUCUACGGGCUGCCGCUCAGAACGGCCAAGCUCAAGGAUCUCGACAACUUCGAUGCGUCGUUCUUCGGGGUACAUGCCAAACAGGCGCACGUGAUGGACCCGCAACUUCGCAUGAUGCUAGAAAUCACGUAUGAGGCGAUAGUCGAUGCUGGUAUCAACCCGUCGACCAUCAAGGGAUCACGUACUGGCGUGUUCGUCGGCGUCUCGACCUCGGAAUCGGACGAAUAUUGGACAAAAGAUACUGAGAAAGUCAACGGAUACGGAUUGAUUGGUUGCUGCAGAGCGAUGUUCGCCAAUAGAGUUUCGUUCGCGUUCGAUUUCCACGGGCCUAGUUUCGUGUUGGACACGGCCUGUUCCUCAUCCAUGGUCGCCAUGCAUGAGGCAGUCACCGCGAUGCGUGCCGGCGAAUGCGAUGCCGCGAUCGUCGGCGGAAUGAAUCUUCUCUUGAAACCGGCAAAUUCGCUUCAGUUUCACAAAUUAGGCAUGUUGUCUUCGGAUGGCAAAUGCAAGGCAUUCGACGCCACUGGUAAAGGCUACGUAAGGGCUGAGGCAUUAGUGGCGAUAUACCUGCAGAAGGCUAAAGACGCGCGCAGGGUGUACGCCACGGUGGUUCACACAAAGACCAACAUGGACGGCUACAAAUUCCAAGGUAUUACGUAUCCCAAUGGUGAGAUGCAGAAUCAACUGAUGCGCGAAGUGUACAGCGAGACGGGUAUUAAUCCUGCGGACAUCGUUUACGUGGAGGCCCACGGUACGGGUACCAAAGUGGGCGAUCCGGAGGAGAUCAACUCCGUCGACCAACUAUUCUGCAAAGACAGGAAGACUCCUCUGUUAAUCGGCUCGGUUAAAUCCAAUAUGGGACACUCCGAACCCUGCAGUGGAUUGUGCUCGAUUGCUAAAGUACUGAUCGCGAUGGAGUCGGGCAUGAUACCUGCAAACUUGCACUUUAGUACCCCAAAUCCAGACAUUCCCGCACUAAUGGAAGGACGCAUUCGAGUGAUCACCAAAGCCACGCCGUGGAACGGCGGUCUCGUGGGCAUUAAUUCAUUUGGGUUUGGUGGUGCGAACGCGCAUGUCAUUUUACGCAGCAAUUCGAAACCAAAGUUGUCACCGGUAUUGGACACCGCUAAGCUGCUGCCCAAGCUGGUCGCCGUGUCGGGCCGUACGGAGGACGCUGUAUACACGCUGCUGGACAAAGCGAAAGAGCACCGACAGGACGACGAGUUCCUUUCACUGUUACACGCCAUGCACAAUAAUGACAUACCGGGUCAUGGAUUCCGUGGCUACGAAAUACUUGGUAUCGACCACACGCGCGAGCUGACCGAGGUAGCAAGUUACAAUGAGAAACGGCCCAUCUGGUUCGUAUUUUCUGGCAUGGGUACGCAGUGGUCGGGCAUGGGGCGCGAAUUGCUUGGUAUCGAAGUCUUUCGGCGUACUUUGCAACGAUGCGCUGACACGCUGCUGCCCCACGGCGUCGACCUCAUGAAUAUCAUCCUGAACAACACGAAUGAAACGUUGGAGAACGUGAUAGAUACUUUCGUAGCGAUCGCGGCCAUGCAGGUUGCCCUCAUCGACGUGCUAGCGGCGAUAGACAUUUACCCAGACGGCAUAGCCGGACACUCGGUCGGGGAAUUGGGCUGUGCGUACGCCGACGGCGCAUUUACAGCGGAACAAACUGUCCUGGCGGCGUAUUGGCGAGGCAAAUCGAUCGUGGAUUCCACACUGGAACCGGGCGCUAUGGCGGCCGUUGGUUUAAGCUGGGAAGAUGCCCAAAAGAUGUGCCCGCCCAAUGUCAGUCCGGCUUGUCACAACUCCAUGGACUCGGUCACGAUUUCCGGUCCGACUAAGGACGUGCUCAAGUUCGUGGAGGAGCUAAAGAGCAAGAACAUUUUCGCCAAGCUGGUCAGAAGCUCCGGCAUCGCGUUCCACAGCAAGUACAUAGCUUCGGCGGGACCGAAGCUACGCGCCUCGCUCGACAAGAUUAUACCAAACCCGAAGCAAAGAUCGGCCAAAUGGAUCUCCAGUUCCAUACCUGAGGCUGCAUGGGGCAGCCCACUCGCGCAGGUCAGCUCGUCCGCGUAUCACGUAAACAAUCUAUUGUCGCCCGUGCUUUUCCAAGAGGCGAUCGCACACAUUCCGGACAACGCGAUAACGAUCGAGAUCGCGCCACACUGUUUGCUGCAGGCGAUCCUGCGCAGGUCACUACCGUCAACGGUGACCAAUGUCAGCCUGCACAUGCGUGAUCAUACCAACAACCUGGCCUUUUUACUGUCCAACAUAGGCAAGCUUUACAUGGCUGGCGCGCAGCCCAACAUUUCCAAGCUGUAUCCGCCAGUGAGUUUUCCUGUGGGUCGCGGAACACCGAUGAUCGGCCCCCUGGUUAAGUGGGACCACUCUCAGAAGUGGAACGUGGCCUCUUUCAAAAAAACAUCGGGACAGUCGGGUGAAUGCAUCGUCCAGGUGGAUCUUUCGAAGGAAACGGACGCUUAUAUAGCGGGACACCAGAUAGACGGACGAAUCCUUUUCCCGGCUACCGGAUACAUGUUGCUGGUGUGGAAAACUUUGGCGAAGCUGCGCGGCACUGAUUUCGAACUAUUGCCAGUCGUCUUCGAGAACUUGCGUUUUCAGCGUGCCACCAUUAUGCCGAAGGAGGGAGCAAUUAAGUUCUCAAUAAAUAUCUUCGAGGGAACGGGCGAAUUUGAGAUCUCCGAGGCUGGCACGGUCGUCGUCAGGGGUAACAUUCGCGUGUCCGAAGCUAUCGAGAAGGAUCAACUGAAACUGCCGCCACCGGCGGUGCCACCCGUUAAAGAAGAGAUUUUACCAUUGAAUACCAAAGACGUGUACAAGGAACUGAAGUUGCGCGGAUACGAAUAUCACGGUAUCUUCCAGGGAAUUAAUUCCUGCGAUAACUACGCUACUGCCGGCGAACUUCGUUGGUCCAACGAAUGGGUCUCGUACAUGGACACCAUGCUUCAAUUUAGCAUAUUGGCAAGAAAACAUAAACUGAUGUACAUACCAUCGCGUCUUCAGUAUUGCGCGAUCAACCCGGUUCUCCACAAACAAUUUGUGGAAGGAUUGCCACAGGACGGCGGACUGCCGGUAUAUUAUUACAAGAACGUCAAUAUCGUCAAAUCGGGCGGUAUCGAGUUCAGAGGACUGAACGCUUCCGUAGUGGCCCGACGACAACAAACUCAAGCUGAGCCCAGACACGAGCGAUACAUAUUCGUACCAUACGAAAAUCCGCAUAGUCUGGUGGAGGACCCAACGAGAGGAAAAUUGCACGCGCUCACCAUACUCACGCAGAUCAUGUACGAGAACAUGACGGCGUUAAAACUCAAGAUCGUGGAGAUCGCGGACGAAAGAGCCGCGGAAGCGCUCUUGACACCACUUGUAACCGAAAUUGUGAACAACGAGCUAAGUUCGGUUACCGUUGAGGUACAAGUGGCUGCCGUCUCUCCCGGUAAUUACGCAGAGGCUUUCAACCACGUGGAUGUGAACGUCAGUAUUGUGGCGCAGGACGCGAAUACCGCGCCUCCUGCUCAGGACGUGCACCUUGGCGUAGCAGUAGACGUCUUGUCCAAUAAAUCGUACACCAUUCUGAAAAAUUUGUCAGCUAGUUUAAAACCUAGCGGUUUCAUUCUUCUGGAGGAAACUGCCGCGCAUCUCGACCUGGAGACCGCGCUGAAAGAUACAGAUCUGACAUUGGUCAGCAGACAAACCGAUUCCAUAGGAAAGAAUUAUCUGUUACUGAAGAAGCUGAAGAAGAGCGGAGAGCCGAUCGUGAUCCAGAUCACGGAGAAAAAUCUCUCGUGGGUGGAAACUUUAAAAGCAGCAUUGAAGAUAACGUAUACUGGAGAGCAAGAAGUACUGCUGAUGUCUCAGGGUGAAGAGUUAAUUGGUCUAGCUGGACUCAUAACUUGCAUCCGGAAAGAGACCGGCGGUGCAAACGUGCGCUACGUCUUCAUCCAGGAUAAAAACUCUCCCAAAUUUGGUUUAUCCGUGCCGUACUACGUGAACCAGUUGGACAAGGGACUGAUGGCCAACGUGCUAAAAGGAGGACAGUGGGGUUCCUAUCGGCACUUGCAAUUGGAUCGGCAGAACAACGUGUCUUCUCUGCAGGUGGAGCAUGCCUACGUGAACACGCUGACGAGGGGAGAUUUGGGCAGUUUGAGAUGGAUCGAGGGUCCGUUGAGUUAUUACCAGCCGGAUAAUUCCUCGAAUACGAUGCUCUGCAGCGUGUACUACGCGCCGUUGAACUUUAAGGACAUCAUGAUGGCGACUGGCAAAUUACCAGCGGAUGCUUUGCCAGGAAAGAUGGCUGCGGAAGAGUGUGUACUGGGAAUCGAAUAUUCUGGGAGAGACGAAAAUGGUCGUCGCGUGAUGGGUAUAGUUGAAGCCAAAGGAUUGGCAACCACCGUGUUGACGGAUCUUGAUUUUCUCUGGGAGGUGCCGGACAAAUGGACCUUGGAGGAAGCGGCUACGAUACCAGUCGCUUAUGCGACUAGCUACUACGCUCUCUUUGUACGGGGUCAGCUGAAAGCGGGCGAGAGUGUUUUGAUUCAUGCCGGUUCAGGCGGCGUUGGCCAGGCAGCGAUCGCCAUCGCUCUACGUACCGGUUGCACGGUCUUUACUACCGUCGGCACACUGGAAAAACGAAAAUACCUGAAGAAGAGAUUCCCUCAGUUGAUUGAUUCGCACAUCGGCAAUUCGCGAGACACGAGCUUCGAGCAGAUGAUACUCACCGAGACUCAAGGACGUGGAGUUGACCUGGUGCUGAAUUCUCUCGCGGAGGAGAAACUGCAAGCCGGCAUACGGUGUCUCGCGAUGAACGGUCGUUUCCUUGAAAUCGGGAAGUAUGACUUGUCGAAUGACAAUAACGUAGGCAUGUCGAUGUUCUUGAAGAACACGACCUUCCAUGGUGUAUUAGUGGAUGCGCUAUUCUACGCGAGCUCUCUUGAGAAGAAGGAACUAAUGAGGCUCGUUUCGGAGGGAAUCAAAAACGGAGCGGUACAACCGCUACCCUCGACCGUGUUCACGGAGCAGCAAGUCGAGCAAGGAUUCAGAUACAUGGCAUCGGGCAAGCACAUUGGUAAAGUGCUAUUGAAGAUCCGGGAAGAGGAGCCAAAGAAGUGUGUAUCCCCGGCACCGAAGACGGUGGCUGCCGUACCGCGUACUUACAUGAAUCCAGAAAAGUCGUACGUGCUGAUCGGCGGCCUCGGUGGAUUCGGUCUGGAACUGGCGAAUUGGAUGAUCGCCCGUGGCGCCAAGUUUAUCGUUCUCGUGUCGCGUUUCGGCAUAACCACGGGUUAUCAGUCAUUGUGUGUACGACGCUGGCGCGAAAACGGCGUAAAAGUCGUUAUCUCUACGAUGGACAUUACAACACUGUCGGGUGCUGAACGCCUGAUCGCACAGAGCAACCAGCUAGCUCCGAUAGGUGGUAUAUUCAACUUGGCGGCCGUCCUGCGCGAUGCACUCAUCGACAAUCAGAAGGAGGCUGACUUCAAGGCGGUGAUGUUGCCAAAAGUAGAUGGCACGAGAAACUUGGACGUGGUAUCGAGAAAACUCUGUCCAUCGCUGGAUUACUUUGUCGUGUUUUCGUCGAUAUCGAGCGGCCGCGGCAAUAUAGGUCAGACCAAUUACGGUUUCGCCAACUCGGCCAUGGAGAGAAUGAUGGAAGAAAGACAGGCCAAUGGUUUACCUGGCCUCGCUAUUCAAUGGGGUGCCAUCGGAGAUGUUGGCUUAAUCAUAGAGAAAAUGGGAAAUUCCAGCGAGAUUGGUAGUACUCUGCCGCAACACAUAUCAAGUUGUCUCGCGACCAUGGAUAUCUUCCUUCAACAACCACACGCGGUGCUGACUUCUGUAAUAUCAGCCGAGAAACAUAAACCGAAUACGGAUAGCAACAGGAUCAGCCUUGUCGAAGCCAUUGCCAAUAUCUUGGGCAUCAAGGACAUCAAGCUGGUUAAUCUCAACAACAGCUUGGCCGACUUGGGCAUGGAUUCGCUGAUGGGCACGGAGAUAAAACAGACUCUCGAAAGAAACUAUGAUAUCGCGUUAUCGCCUCAAGAUAUUCGCUCGUUGACGUUCAGCAAACUACAAGAGUUAUCUGUGACAAGUACCACGACGAUGAAGGAGCAGCAACCAGUCGCCGCGAAUGCGAGCACUGCCACCAAUUCGCUUGCUAAUGCCAUCGAGAACAAUGCCGCCGACAACAUGCUGCUAAUGCAGUGGCCGAGUAACGAAGUGCUGCCCAAGGAAGUUCUUGUUCGUAUGAAGACGAAGAGUGCAAAUGGACCAGCCUUGUUCAUCGUGCACGCGAUUGAGGGCUCGGUAAACGCAUUAGAAACUCUGGCCAGCGAAUUCGAGAGACCAGUUUGGGGUUUGCAAUGCGUCGAACAGGCGCCUCACGACAGUAUUUUGGAACUGGCCGAGUUCUACGUGAAGGCCAUUAGGAAAGUUCAAAAGAAAGGACCGUAUCACGUGGCAGGGUAUUCCUUUGGAUCUUGCGUCGCCAUAGAGAUGGCCAUGCAAUUGGAAUUCGCUGGGGAGAAAGUGAUCCUGAGUCUGAUCGACGGUUCGCCGGCGUACAUACGACAGCAAACGGAGAUGAUCGGCAAAGUAGACACGACCCAAGAAGAUUACAUCCCCUCGGACGCGUGCAUGAAAGCACUGGCGUAUUUCAGCAUACAGUUUAACAAGCAACUCAACUUCUUCCAGGCGUACUCUAUUCUGAAAGAGAGCAAAUCGGAAACGGAUAUGUUUAACAAAAUGUUACAAGUGAUAGGCGACAUUCCGUUCGCGCAGGAUGAUCUCAAGAUCGCCGGAUACCUUUUAUUCAAAAAGUUGACAGCCGCCAUGAGAUAUAGUCCGGAUAAAAAGUUCAAAGGGCCAGUCACGCUGAUCAAGGCCACGGAUAACUUCCUACACCUAACAAAAGAUUACGAUUUAUCACAGAUCUGUGUGCAACCCGCGAGGAUAGACGAGGUGUCCGGUAAUCAUAGGUCGAUACUGCUGGGAGAGAGCGCAAAGAGAAUCGCGAGUCUUUUGCGAAUGUAAAAAGCGAUAGUUGUCUCGACAGAUUGACUCUAAAAUCCACGUAAAGUUCCAUUAUAUUCGAGAAUGACUGCAUGCCGAGACGGCAUGACGCAGUGCCGCAAUGCAAUUUGACUAAUUCCCUUGGAGUAGUUGAUUUUUUUGCAAAUGUCUCACUGUAUCCGCGAGUCGUAAUAUUACGAGUCAUGUGAAGUUCCUGCAUUCGCACAAGUGAGCAAAUUUCAUUCCAGAAUAUGGUAUCUGCACGUUACCAUUGAUUGAAAUUGAGUGACACACGUUAGUGUAAUUGUUCAAUUACGCGGAAUUAAUCUAGGAAAUUGUGUUAAAGCUAUAACGCACACAAAAAGUCUCUGUGAUGAUUUCCAAAGCAGAUAAAUUAAACACCCAUCACUCGUGCGCUAUCGUAUCUGUAACUCUGUCUAAUUCAUAUUAUUAUAUAUUCUAUAAUAUUUAUAGGUUACAGCUCUACUUUCCUUUUUCCACUUACUAUUUAAUAUUUUGGUUUUAAGUGGGCAGAUCUCGUUACUUUUAGCCUGAUAGACAGUCCUUUAGUACUUGCCAUCGCAGUAUAUUGCGAUGAAAUUGUAAAUAACGUUAAAACAUGAUUCUUAAUUAUUGGCUUUAAUAUUUCAUAUUUUUUUCACGCGUUGUAUUCAAUGUAAUUACGUUAUUAAAAUGUAAACCAUAACAAAAAUUAUUCCCAAGUAUCGUAAAAUCAAUCGCAUACUGUAUACAAUUAGUGUAUAUGUACAGUCAGUGGCGCAAGACGCUAUGGACGCUGUUUCUUCUAGAAUAUAAAACGUUAAACGACGUUUAUAAACUGCUUUGAUUUUCCCAUGUAGCCGACAUAAUUUGGGGCCUUCCGGUUUGCGAACGCAAAAACACUGUCUUGAAUCAGCUAGCAGCAUCUUAUUUACGUACGAUUAUUAUGUAGACAUUAACGAAACUGAAACCUAUAGGUUCUAAAUUAACGUUUCCUACCUUGCCGCAUGAAAAUGUUACGUGGUAGAUAUCAACUGUUGAAACUAUUGCGUAUAUGCUCUUGCCACUGUUUGUACAUUUAUUUUGUGUUUCGUCCAUUAGCAAUUGCAAGUUUAGUGCAACGAAAGCAAGGUCUAAUCUUUGGUAAAAUUUAAUUGAAAGAGUUUGACAUGUUACCUCUUGCUCACUAGCACUAGCGCUAGCUUUACAAAGUAACAGCUAACAGAGGUAAUGCGAAUUUCUCUUGUAAUUACAUUCCAAGCGAUUUGUUUGAUCAAAUUUAUUUUCAAGGAUAGUGUACUAAUUUGUUAUAAAUACAUUACCAAACAUUA